AUUAAUUGCUAAAGAAACUUUUUACGCAGCCCUUAGUAAUUGCAAUCAUUGUCUCUGUCCAUUUGCCAUCACUGGCUUAAACAUAAACAAUCGUCAAAAUUUUUGCUGCGUACACAGGAAAAAUCGUAAGGGGUACCCAGAUUGCAGGUCGAUAAAAUUAAUGCACGUUUCCCGCUCACUUGUGAGCCAUCUGCAUUUGUAUAAUGAACGUUGAAGCCGAGGAAUGUGUACCGGAUGCAGCAACAGCCUGCAAGCGCCUGAAGCGCACACACUCCAAAGACGAAAGUUGCAGCGAAGAAGCAGCAGCAGCUGCUGCUGAUGGAUCUAAAGUGGACUUAAUAUUGGUUGGUAAGGAGGCAAACGUGGCCGCAAAUACCCACAACAACAACAACAACAACAACAGAAACAAAAGCGAAUCAGAACUGGGCACUGGCAAUGUGGCGUCUGCAGCUGACGCUGACAAAAACACAAUGGUCGAUACGUCGAGCGAAACAUUAUCUGAUCUAAUCUUGGAGACCGAAUCUUGUUCUCCACGCCUAUUUCCCAUUCGUGACAGUUUCGACUCCACUGAUGAGCCGGCAAUUAUUAACCCGCCGGAUAUAUUUUCUGAUAGUUCAAGCUCCAAUCCGUUUCUGGAUUUAUUACCGGGCGAGCCAGGAUAUGUUGCACGCAACAACACGGCUCGUAACAAUGGUGAUGGCAAUGCCGAAAACGUCGAUGCAGCUGCCAGCUCGCGUACAUUUAAUCGACCACGCACGCAGCGGACUCGCUCUUAUCGCUCCACAUUAUCAAACUUGGAGUCCAGCAGCAGUGCCAGCGGAAGCGACCUUCAAUAUAACAGUGAUACCAAUGAUGCGGAUGUGGAUGAGGACGACGCUGAUGUGGCAGCGGAGGCAGCAAAUGCCGAGGAGGAUGAAUCUCGUUCGCCGGAGGCUCAGUUGCUAGACGAAAGCAGCUCCGACUCGAGCGGCGCGUUCUGGAACCGCUUCUACACGUCUAGCAAUGAGGAAAACGAUUCCGACGACGACUACAAUGAGGCGGAAGCGAAUCCCGCCGAUAAGGAACAAAUCGAGAUAGCCGUUAACAAGGUGCUGUGCAAAUCGAAACCGUCCUACAACUGGAACUUUGCACAGGAACUGAUGCGGCGCGAACAUAACCUGUUCAAUCGGAUUGGAUGGCGUGGCGGGCACACCUCGGCCCUGAGCUUCGGUCAGGGCUAUUACGGCUCGCGGCAGGUUGUCGAGCGUAUGAAGCUGAUGAAUGCUUUGAGCAUGCAUCGUUGCUGCGUUAAUUGCUUGAGCUUUAAUCGUACCGGAGAUCUCAUUUGCUCCGGCUCCGACGAUCUCAGCAUCAUUGUUUGGGACUGGGCGAACGGCAGGCCAAGACACAGCUUCAAAUCUGGCCACAGCUUGAACAUAUUCCAAACAAAGUUCAUUGACAGCGUCGGCUGCCUGGACGUCGUAUCCUCCAGCCGUGACGGCCAGGUACGACGCGCCGUCAUACCGCCAUCUGGCAGCAGCAGCAUCAAGCCCGUACGUCUCUACAGCCAUAACGAUGCAGUCCACAAACUGGUUGUGGUGCCGCACAGCAAGCACGAGGUGAUCAGCGCCGGCGAGGAUGCGGCGGUCAAACAUUUUGAUUUGCGCACCAAUGCAUGCACGACAAUGCUCCGAUGCGUCUCCAGCGACGACAAUAGACGCGUUCGUCUGUUCAGCAUUGCCCACCACCCAUAUGUGCCGGAGUUUUGUGUCAGCGGCUCUGAUGACAAGCUGCGCGUCUACGAUAAGCGCAAGCUGACCAGCCCCGUACACGAAAUGACGCCCAAGGAUCUAAAAGAUACGAAGAUCACGCAGAUCACAUGCGCGGUCUACAAUCACAGCGGCAGCGAAAUUCUCGCCUCCUACAGCGAUGCGGGCAUUUAUCUAUACGACAGCCGAAACUACAAGGAUGGCGAAUUUCUGCACUCCUAUGAAGGACAUAUCAAUAGCCGCACCAUUAAAGGGGUCAACUUCUUUGGACCGCACUCGGAGUACAUAAUAAGUGGAAGCGACUGUGGCAACAUCUUUUUCUGGGACAAGAACACCGAGGCGGUGAUUAACUUUGUGAAGGGCGAUCAUGCCGGCGUGGUCAACUGCCUGGAGCAGCAUCCAUCGAUGCCUGUGCUGGCCACUUCUGGGCUGGAUCACAACGUUAAGAUUUGGACACCCAGCGGCCUGAGCGAAGCUGAGGUGCCGCGCACGGAUGCGCUGAAGGAGACGCUGCAGAGGAACUUUAGACGCAGUCUGUUGGACGUUGGCGACUUUGACAUUAAUCAGAUUCAUUAUUUCAUACGUCAGCUGAUCGAGCCACGUCGCAGUGCAGGUGGUGCAGCAGGCGGCGGUGAACAGGGUGGUCCGCGGGAGCGCAAUCGUAAUCUUUUCCGGAGCAGCAGCAGUAGUAGCAGCAGCAGCAUCAGCUCCAGUCCCGGCAAUGCCGACGCCGCCGCCAACCAGGAACCGCCGCGUCGCCGAGACAGCAAUCCAAGCAGCUCCGAUGAGGGCAAUGCCGAUCCGCUUGGCUGCCGCUCGCAAUGAGAAGGAAGAACUGCAUCAUCCGUCACCCUAUUAGCGUUGUCAUUAAUCCAAAGUCUACAUAACGUAUUCGUGUUUGGUUUCCUGGUCUUUAAAAGUCCCGGAAAGCAUGCAUUAUUUGUUUUUCAUUAUUUUUUAUAUAUUUUUUGUCUGUUGCGAGCACCUGAAAGUUUGCGAGCUCUACGUCUUUUAUUUGAAAGCGUUUUCAAAUGCUGUGAAUAUACAAAUAAGCGCGCCCAUAUUCUAAUUUUGAACAAUUUCCAAUAAAUACCACACGCAUCGAAGAA